AUGCCGCCGUCAACGGACACAACGGCGGACAUCUACCUCCUGACGCUCCCCGCCGUUUUUGGCUUGGUGCUGCCCUUCGUUGCUGCGAUCGGCUUCUACCAGUGCAUAUCGUACAGCCGUGCGAAAGCCAUCUACGAGAAGCGCAUCUUCGUCAUGCAGAAGAAACUUCGCCACCGACUGCGCCACUGCGAGGCGGCGGGUGUCGUUACACGACAUCACAAGGUGCGCAAGCACGGCUUCAAGGGCUUGCCCGAGCUCUCUAGCGAUGACGACGACCACACCAGUCACGGCAACAGCCCCGGGAGGGAGAACCACAACGCGCCCAGCGACUCACGGACGUCUGAUCAAUCAAACUGGCAGAGGCCCACCCACCGCAGCGGUGAAUCAUGCCCCUCCUUCGUGCUAGAAGACGUGAGUAUGUUGGAGAGUGAGGAAGGGGACUCUGACGAUUCGUGGUGA